AUUUACAGCAGUGCGAUAGCAACUGAAACACGAGUAUAAAAUGUAGUAUUUGCUUUUACUUCUUUGAGCAGUUUUUUUUAAAGGAUUCUGGGAAAAAAAAUCUUUCUAAAUUUGUAAAGAAACUUAUAUUAGCCUUUUUCUAUCCUACUCUAAUCUAUUAUCUAAAUAGUUUUGAUUCGCAUCGGAUCGAUUUUUAAUAAGUUACUCUGGAUUCGUUCAAUUCCCACUUCAAAUCCACCACAGUUUCUGGAUCGCAGAGUAAAUCGUUUGGUCUGCUGCACUGUUCAUGCAUGCGAUUUUGUUAUGUAUGAUGUCAUGUGUUAGAACAAACGUUGUUUGAUAUUUGCAGCUGUUUAUACUACCUAAUUAAAAUUGUAACAUAUUUAAAGCAGCUUUACGCAUGAAUAGCUGAAUUUAUACAUUGUUUGUUUAUUAGUAAUCGAUUUUUUGCUAUGGAAUCUCGUAAGGAAUCUGGUCGUCAAAAAAGAAGAUUAAAAAGAACAUUUAAAUUUCGUCCAAACAAAAUUACGAAGGUGCAUCCUUCAGGAAACCGUCUCAAAGGUAUUGAUUGUCCAAAACCUAGAAGUGGACAUCGGAUAGUAGCUGUUGAUGGAAAUAUAUAUGCAUUUGGUGGUUACACCCCUGUUGUUGUAGGAAAUAAUAUGGAUCAUAUUCUUUUUAAAGAACUUUGGAAGUAUAAUUGCGCCUCUAAAACAUGGAAAUUGUUAGAAACCACUGGAAAAAUGCCUGAAACACUGGCUUCACAUUGUGCUGUACUGUUAGAUAAUCAUAUGGUUGUUUUUGGAGGAACUGGCAUACCUUUUGGAGAAACUAGUAGCAAUAGCACUUAUGUUUGUAAUUUAGAAACAUUAGAAUGGACACCAUUGGAAACUAAUGGAUUUAAGCCUGUUGAACAAUAUGGCCAGGCUAUGUUAGUACAUGAUAGAAAGAUGUAUGUUGUUGGUGGAACUACUGGAUUUGCUUAUUCCAUUGAUGUUCAUUGCUUAGAUCUUGAAACUAGAGAAUGGGAUGUUCUAGUAAAUAAUAACAAAACACCUUACACCUGGCAACCUGAACCUAGGUAUCGGCUUGAAAUUGCAAUGCAUGAUAAUCAAAUAUUUGUAUUUGGAGGAGGAACAGCAUUUGAAUCAUUUGAUUUUAAAGAGGUACCUGUUUUUGAUAUAGAAAAUUGUUCUUGGAGCAAGACUCCAACUUCUUCAGAAUUUCCAGAACCUAGACGAUGCCAUGGUUGUGUGCAGAUAGGGACUGAUGUGUAUAUUUGUGGUGGAUUCGAUGGUUCUGUGGCCUUUGCAGAUAUAUGGAAAUUUGAUUUAAUUACAUUUCAGUGGAAAAAGCUCUCUGCAACUCUGCCAACUCCUAUAUAUUUUCAUUCUGCUACUGUAUCAAAGGCUGGACAACUUUUUAUAUUUGGUGGUGUGAAUUGUAUUGCUAACAACACAAGAACCAAUGAACUUUUUUCCAUGUGGCUGAAAAUUCCAUCCUUGGCUGCUAUGAGCUGGCAAGCUAUUCUACAUUAUGUGCCACAUAUAUCACGGCUAGAUAAGAAGAAAUUGUAUGAAGCUGGAAUUCCUUUCCAAUAUAUUAAAGAAAUUGAUUUUGAUUCCCCAAAUGGAACAACAAUCACACGCUGUUGUAACCUUUUAGAGUCGUAGCCAUAAGUAGAAGCAAUACUUUAUAAAUACCAGUUUCAAAAUCCAGUCUACUGUUGUUCUUCUGAAACUUCAAAUUUUAGGUUUAUUGUUGAAAAGUUGUUAACAAAUAGGAAUUGGCUGAAUUAUGUAUGUUUAAAAUACAGUAUCUAAAUAUAAACAAAAUUUAAAGUAAAGUAUUUUUCAUAUAUUUCAAAUGUUUUUAAUUAUAAUUUAUUACAAAAUGUUUAGUAGGACAAUCAUGGAAUCUUCAUAGAUAUUUUUUUUUUUUUUGGUUAUUUAAAAAAAUACAUAUGUUGCUGUUUUUACCUUUAAAAUAAUUGAAAUUAAUAAUUUUCUCAUUUUUAAAAAAUAUAUAUUUUUAACUACAAUACUAUUAAUAAUAACUAAGUUCCAGUGGGAAUGUUUUUUGAUGAAUUAUAAAGUAUAUUUUUUGUAAUUUCCUUUGUUAAGGGAACAAACUUUGACAUCUAGGUUAACUAGUGGUGGAUUUAGGUAUUUUGUGGCCCUAAGUAGUGCUUACUUAUGAUACCCGUCUUUUAAUAAGAUAAUCAGUUUACUUUUACAUUUCAGUGUACUUCCAACCUGUUAAUGAUUCAUUUUAGGUUAAAGAUUUUUAUUUUAUUAAAUUUAUGAAUUUGUUUAUCCACUAUGACUCCAAACUGCAUUGUUAUUGAAGCAUAUGUUCGAUUUUAUAAAUAUUCCAAAAACUAAUGUAACGAAAGUAAUGAAGCGUAUAGAAAUCUGACCACUAUACUAGAGAAAGUGCUAUAUUAUUUUAAUAUUUUUUCUUCAUUCAUAACAUGUUUAUUUUUUACCAACUAUUGUAUUUGGCAACUAGAAAAAUACUUUUUAUUCGACCUGUAUGUAUAGGCCUAGUCAUCUGCUUAGCUUACUUAGUUGAAAAUCUGCCACUAGGUAUAAUUUUCCUUAAAAAACUGAAAAUAAUUAAUAGAGCUAUUAAAAAUACUUCACUCAGUCAUUGUAUCCAAAUAUUUCCACUGUAAAAAAGACUCUUAAAAUAGAAAAAUAUAAAUGUAAAUAUCCAUUUUAAAAUUAAAAGUAUUUAUAUUAGUGUACAUAUGUGCUAUAUAUUUAUUACCACUUUCUUAUUUAAUAUUUAAAUAAUAUAUCCCAAUAAUAAUAAAAUUAAGCAAAAGUUGCUGUUAGAUAUCUAAAAUAUUCCUCAAUAACUUUAUUGUUAGGUUCUAGGUAAUAAAAGCUUAUUUGAAAUAUGUAUAAAAGCUUGUGACUGGAUAUGUACGUUUUGAAAGGUAUGCAGAGACCUCCUGAUUGAUAUAUGAUCACUGAAUGAGCAUGAAACUUAUAAAGGCAAGAUUUAAUCCAAAUUACUUUCAUUUGAAUUUCUAUGAAAAAAUAUCUAUUGCAAUUUAUUUUGCCUAUGUUUCAUCAAUUUGAGUACCAAUAUAUUUUUUCCUGUUCAUUGGGAAUUUUUAGUCGCAAUGACUACAAUGCAUGCUCAUCUUUUAAAUUCUUUCAUAAAAAUUGUUCUAAAACUAAAUAUUAAGAAUAUUUUUUGCAAAGUUUAAAUUAGUUUUUCAUUUAUUUUCAUUGGGUGGGUGAAUUAGAUGUGUUUAGGAUCACAAGCAUCCUCUAAAAAUAUUCUCAUGAAAAGAAAGCCAGCCUAUUUUAAGCAAAUAUACCAAAUGAGUAAUAUAUCCUGUACAGUGUGAUGUCUUUAUUUAUGUGUGGAGACUUACUAGGUAGAGUAAUAGCCACAACAGGAUGUACCCAAGAUUUAGUUGAUAGUUUCAAAGAUGUAGCAUGGAAAAGAAUUUUGCCAGAAACGCUGUCAUCAGCUAUUAUUGCUUCUAUCAAAAACAUUUUGAAAUGUUGUUUUGCAUUUUAAAUUUAUUUCAGAAUAAAAAUUUUAAGAAACUGUAUUAAUUUCUUACAUGCUGUUUUUAUACUUGGUAUUUUCUUAAACACAUUUAGCAUCUCCAGAUAACAUUUCUGAUUAUGUGUCUCAAUUCAAAAUUUAUUUAUUUCUGUAUUUUUGAUUUGCAGCUUCACUUUGUUGCUUUAUUUUAAAAUUGUGCAUGAUUUUAUGAAUUUUACAUUAAUAUAUCUUCUUUAAUCUGUAAAUGUUUGCAAUGAUUACAUGUCAAGGUUCCACAAAAUAUAGCAACUUUCUUUUGCGCGUAAUAAUUUUUUAAGUGCUUAAAUUCUCUUCUUUACAAAGGCAUUUUGGAAUAUUUUAGAUGACUAGGAAAAAACUAAUAUUGUACAAAUACUUUGUUGUGUAAUAAUAUUUUAGCAUUUUUAUUGAAUGAAAGGAGCUGUCAUGAUUUGUUAUCUUGCAAAUCUGAAUUUAGUUCUUAAUUAAAUGUAAUUUUGUAUUAUAAAAACUGUUCCUACAGUGGAUAUAAUUUGAAAUGCGAUAAUUUUUUAAAAAACAAAUAUUACAUAAAUUAUUUUUUAGAUCAAUUUUAAAACCAACAUAUUUGUUUUGUGUGAAUUGUUUAUGUAAGGUUUUGAUUCUCUCCCUUCUUGAAAACCAAUAUGAAAUACAGGAUUCCAAGCUUUUAUUGAAGUUCUUUGUGAGCGCAAUUAGUGGCUGUAGAGAUGUAUUAAUAAAAACCAAUCUCUUGUGGUUUAUUUGCAUUUAAGAUUCACUUGCAUUUAAAUUAACUGCUUCUUGCAAAUCUUCCAAAUUACUAACUUUUUACUGGUAUGUAAUCAUUUUAAUGAAACUGCAUCAAAAGAACUAAACAACAAUAUAUCUAGAUUCCUAGAAGUUCAGACAAUGAGACUUUCUCUUACAAUCAAGCAUGUAAUACCUCAAAUAUUACUAAAUAUCACUAGAUUGUUUACUAAUUGAUCUUCUAUAGAAUCACUAUUGGUGCUUAUGCUGAACUUCAUUGAAAUUGGGAAAGGGAAAAAAUUGAGGAACUAUCUGCUUUAUGGCAAUUUUAUAAAUAAUGAUGGUGGUUCCUUCUGUAUAAAAUAGCUGCCCUUGGAUACUUUUAGUUAGGGAGCCUGUAUAAAGAGAAGUUCGUAUGAUAAAAAUGGUACUUGCAUAAUUAUGUACUUGAGUGCAGAACUGUUUAAUCUCUUGAUUUUUUUUUUUUUUUCUUUAUUGCCUAAUAAUCAGAUAUGCUUCCUCCAUUUUCUGUAAUAAUCUUAAAAAAUAUUCAUUCCUUCCUUGUGUAGUACUAGAAAAAUUGUAGAUCUAUAGGAUCAUAACCUAAAAAUAAAAGUUUACCAUAUUUGCAAACUUAAUUACCUUUAUUGUUUUGGAUCUAUAAUAUAUCUUGAUAUUUUUUUUUCUUAUGGUAUAACAUAACUGGUGUAAUUUUAAAUUGUAAGAUAAAAAUCAUUCCUUGUGUAGUUUGAUUUUAUACUUUGUGACAUUUGAUUUGAUUUGACUUAAACAUUAUUUGUAAUUGCUGAUAUUACUAAAUUCUAUUUUAUUAAUUUCUUCUUUAUAUUUAGUCAUUGAUUAGCAUGAAUAACUGCAUUUUAUAUUUGCAUCUUGUAAAAUAUUAUUAUACCAUUAGAAAAUCAAAGUAUUUGUACAUCCUUUAGUAAAUUAAUUCUUAAUGUGAUUAAUAUUGAUAAUAAUUUUACAAUCACAAUUGCUUGCUGUUAAUAUACAGUGGCUUUUCUGCAUAUGAUGUUUUGAUGUAUUAAUUGAAGCAUUGAUUGUUGUGCAUAUUUUUUUGCACACAAUAAAUAGUCAGUUGUCGUAAUACUGUAAGGAUAUAUGUCAAGUAUUUAUAGACCUAUAGAUUUGCAAGAAACAAAAGUACAAACGGAAGUUAAUUGGUUAAACAGAAGGAAUUAUUCCUUAUAUUUGCUUUGAUAAUGAAUAGAGCUAAGAAGUUGUCUUUGCAAUAAUGAUGUUUAAGUACUUUCAAUUUUAACAUGGAUAUAGAUAGUUUAAAAUUGGGUUGUGUAGCAUUUGAGGUGAAUAUUGUUUGGUAAUUAGAAUUUAGUAUAAAAUACACCAUUGCAAAUAGGCUGAUACUUCUGCCAUACUUUAGUAGCCAUGAAAGAAGCUUUGCAGUUAGACAAACCUAUUUUCAUCCAAUACAUCUUCCAACUAAUUCAUUGAUUUUAGUCUUUUUUUUUUCUGGUUAUUGAAAAUGUCUUUACCCUAAACAAUUUUUUGAAGUAUUUCUAAGAUUACUCAUACAAAUAUUGUAUAUACUCUCAUAAGUAAUGUCUAUAUUUUUGAAAUUGUGUAUGUAAUCAAAUUGUUGUUAGUAAAAUAAUUAUGUCUAUUCUUCUCAAUAAAAUAGACGAUAUGUAUUAUAUUAACAUGUUGAAAUUUUUGGAAGAUGAAUCGAAUACAUAUUUGAAAUCGAAUUCUAUUCUGAUGAUAUUUUUUAAAAAAUGCACACUUUUGCUUCAAUUUUAAGAAUGAAUUUUCAACAAAUUGUAUAAUGUUAUAAGUUUUAAACCAAAUAUUUGUCAAAUAUGCUUUAUUAUUUAUUUGUAUAUUUCAUGUGGUAUAUAAAUUUCAUUUUGUUAAAUAAAAAAGUGUAGCUUUUGAAUAGACUAUA